ACAUUCAAAGUAAAAGUAAUCGCGCCGCCUCAUCGUACGGCAGUUUCUUGCUACGCUACUGUGUAUUGUACAUAAAAUCCUGAAUACGGAAAAUUUUACACCAUCAGUUUACCCUUUACAACAUUGUUUAUUCGACUUAAUGAAGAUAUGAGGAUUUUGCGAUUACACAAGUGCGAAUUUAGUACACGCGCUUUGACAACCCACUUGAAGGGUAAAGUAAUCGCGAUCAGAAGGGAGGAUCAAUCAGUAUGGGAGAGAAGAGCACCUUUGGCACCAACGAAUGUUCGCCGGUUAAAUAGGGCAGGGGUGCGAGUGAUAGUGCAGCCGAGCAACAGAAGGGCUUACCCUGCACAAGCGUACCAAGCCGCGGGUGCUAUACUCCAGGAAGACAUUAGCUCUGCCUCUGUGAUUUUCGGAGUGAAGCAAGUUCCCGUGGACCAGCUUAUAUCAAACAAAACCUACUGCUUCUUUUCUCACACGAUCAAGGCGCAGGAGAGCAACAUGCCUCUCCUGGAUGCUAUUUUGGAAAAGAACAUACGUCUGUUGGAUUAUGAAAAAUUAACGGACGUCAAUGGGCAAAGGGUAGUGGCUUUUGGGAAGUACGCUGGCGUGGCUGGUAUGGUGAACAUAUUACAUGGACUCGGAUUGAGAUUGCUGGCUCUUGGACACCACACACCCUUUAUGCAUAUUGGGCCAGCGCAUAACUAUAGGGAUUCGGCAAUGGCGCGGCAGUCGAUACGAGAUGCGGGUUAUGAAAUUGCAUUGGGUGCCAUGCCGAAAUCCAUUGGACCUCUGACCUUCAUUUUCACUGGUAGCGGUAAUGUCAGUCAAGGUGGUCAAGAGGUUUUCCAAGAACUUCCACACGAAUACGUACCACCAGAAAUGUUGAAGAAAGUCGCUGAACAUGGCGAUAUGACAAAGAUAUAUGGGUGCGAGGUAAGACGAAGGCAUCAUCUAGAGAGGAAAGAUGGUGGUGGUUUUGAUCCUGAAGAAUAUGAUAAGCAUCCUGAGAGAUAUAUUUCCACUUUCAGCAAAACGAUUGCGCCAUAUGCGUCAGUCAUUAUUAACGGUAUAUAUUGGGCACUUGAUUCGCCAAAGUUGCUGACAUUACCAGAUGCGAAAUAUUUACUAAGGCCAGCUUGUACUCCAUGGUUGCCUACGAGUGUUGGUGCACCUGCCUUACCUCAUAGAAUGUUAGCCAUCUGUGAUAUAUCUGCCGAUCCUGGAGGCAGCAUUGAAUUUAUGAACGAGUGUACAACAAUUGACACUCCAUUUUGUUUGUAUGACGCCGACCGCAACAAGGACACGAAAUCUUUCAAAGGUCCAGGAGUCCUAGUGUGCUCGAUAGAUAAUAUGCCGACUCAGCUCCCAAAAGAAUCCACAGAUUUCUUUGGGAAUCUUUUGUAUCCGUACUUGUUGGACAUUAUCCAAUCGGACGCGAAGUUACCAUUGGAACAACACAAAUUUAGUCCGGCAGUGCACGACGCAAUAAUUGCAUCUAACGGGCGUUUGACAUCAAAUUUCGAAUAUAUUCAGGAUUUGAGAUUACAGAAUCAACGUAGCAAGCACAAAGCAGACAACAGGGAAGCGCAAAACAAAACGGUGGUUGUGCUUGGUGCAGGCUUCGUUUCCGGACCAUUAGUCGAAUAUUUACAUAGACUUAGCAACAUACGUUUGAUUGUUGCAUCUCAGUUAAACGAAGAGGCUGAUGUAUUAGCGAAUAAAUUUCCCGGAGUGGAACCAAUGCUUCUGAAUGUAUUAGAACGACCAGACUAUCUGGGAGACAUUGUCGAAUCCGCGGAUGUUGUGGUUUCAUUAUUGCCUUACUCUUUGCACCAUGUUAUUGCAAAAGCAUGCAUAAAAGCCAAGACUCAUUUGGUGACUGCAAGUUACAUGAACGACGAAAUGAAGGCUUUACACGAUGAGGCUGCAGCAGCAGACGUAACGAUACUUAACGAGGUAGGAUUAGAUCCUGGGAUCGAUCAUUUAUUGGCUCUAGAAUGUUUCGAUAACGUGAAGCAAGCUGGAGGAAAAAUAGAGUCUUUCGUGUCUUGGUGCGGUGGUUUACCUGCUCCAGAGUGUUCCGACAAUCCGUUACGCUACAAAUUUAGUUGGUCACCGCGAGGUGUAUUAUUAAAUACUUUAGGGGCUGCGAAAUAUUAUUAUGAUGAACAAGUGAUUGAAAUACCAGCCGGUGGGGACUUGAUGUCUGCUGCUGAAGAAUUAGAUUUUUUACCAGGGUUCGCUUUGGAAGGUUAUCCAAAUCGAGACAGCACAAUGUAUAAAGAACUAUAUGGAAUAAAUACCGCAAACAAAGUGUUACGUGGCACGUUAAGGUUUAAAGGAUUUUGCGACACGGUGCGAGCUUUGCGAUAUCUUGGACUCAUCGAUCCCAAUCCUCAUCCGUGUUUACAUCCAAAUGGACCAGAUAUAACAUGGAGAGUGCUGAUUUGUAAUUUAUUAGGUUUGGCGAACGAUAACAUUUUUUAUGAAAAUCUCAAAAGAAAAUUGGGAGAUGUAUUGAAUUCAGACGCUGCUGUGCAUGCUGUUGAAGAUUUGGGGCUUCUUAAAGAGGAUUUGGUCUUGAAGCUAAACACUCCACUCGAUACACUGACGUAUUAUCUAUCGAAAAAAUUAUGCUACGGGGAGAACGAAAGAGAUCUCGUAAUCUUGAGACAUGAUAUCGGUAUUCUCUGGCCAGAUAACAGACGAGAAACGAAGGGAAUCAAUUUAGUGUUGUAUGGGGACGUGAACGGACACUCCGCUAUGGCGCGCACGGUUGGAUAUCCCACGGCCAUUGCUGUCAAAAUGAUUCUUGACGGUGAAAUUCAACAAAGAGGCGUGGUACUACCAUUCACAGCAGAUAUUUAUCGACCUAUAUUGAAUCGUCUGAAGGCAGAAGGUAUGGAGUUUCUCGAAACAUCGAAAUGGCAUUAAUUCUUUUAGAUAAAUGAUUUGUAAUACGUUGUACAAAUGAAAUUUACCAAUAAAUAAGUUUUUGUAUAUA